AUGGCGAUAGAUGUUUUAAUCGACUGCGAUCCGGGCAUUGACGACUCUGUCGCCAUCCUUUACGCGUUGUCCUCGCCGAAUAUCAAGAUACAUGCUAUCACAACAGUUUCCGGCAACUUACAGGCAGCAGCCUGCGCACAAAAUGCCCUAAAAAUCCUGACCCUGUAUGGUGGAGAAGAAGCCGCAAGUAUUCCUGUUGCAAAAGGAACACAGACACCGCUGGUUAGGCCAUACCCCAAGGACCCCUUCUCGCAUGGUGCCGAUGGGCUUGGUGAGCUCGGCAUCCCUGCGUCGGCGUUGACCGAAGACCGGCGAUAUGCCCCGGAUCUUAUCGUCGAAACGGCAGACCAAGUUCUACAAACAUCCGGAGGGUCACGCAAACUCACUAUUCUAUGUCUCGGCCCAUUGACCAACCUUGCCCUGGCGGUAAUGAAAGAUCCGCUUCUGCCAUCCAAGAUCGAUCGUGUUAUUUGCAUCGCUGGCUCUUUCGGUUUCCACACAACGGGCACAGUUCGCAGCACCGGCGACAACCCUGUUUCCGAGUGGAACGUUUAUGUCGACCCAGAAGCUGCAGAAAUUGCCUUCAAUUCUGGUUUCAAUCUUUUCGCUCUAGGUCUUGAUGUUGCAACUAGACCAGAUGUUGAAUUCAGUCCCGAGCAUCUAGAGAAGCUUAAGCGGUCGAAAAUUGCAGGAAAUGCUGCUGCUCACUUUCUUCUGGGAGUGAUGGAUUGGGGUCAUAGCCUGAAAUUCGAUACAUGGUGCACUACAAUUGACUCUACCGCAGUUGCCGUAGCACUCGAUCCCAGUAUUGUCACAUUUCAGGAGAUUCGAGUGGCCGUAGAGACCUCUAGCAAGUUGUGCCUUGGACAGACUGUGGUAGACCGGAGGGAGAAGUUUUUGUGGACACAUUUGCCCAUCAUACGAGCUGCUUCCGACAUCAAUGCCAAAAAGUUCCUAGACUCUUUGGUUGGCACAAUAUGCUCAGACAGGUCUACGACCUAG